ACAACACCGAAACACCAACCACCCCCCCCCCCUACCUCUUUCCCGCAUUACCACUCUAGAAUUACGAAAAUAUGUACAAAAUAUUUGUCAUUUGUAAUGAAGGUAGAAUCCGACAAGCCAGCCCCCUACCCAACGUGUACGUGGUUUAUUAAUACAACCAUAGAGUUCAUGAACUCCGAUGGAUAUAAACAUGGCAGCAAGAAGACAUAUUUAAAUCGGUGUCAGACCAUUCGGCCGAAGGUCAUUAGGCCGAAUGGUCAUUAGGCCGAAUGAUCUUUGAGUCUUAAUUUUGCCGUAUCCACAGGAACAAAACCAGCUUCUCAGUUUAGUGAUCUAUUUAUGAGCACUUCCACAGUUCUUAACUGAGAGCUUCCGCUACCAAUGGCCAUGUUGAAUAUGUAUAUCGUGUGGUUGGCACGAGGACACAUUAUAACCAAGGGAGUCAAGGAAAUUUCCUUUACGAAAAGUUCCUGGAUCGACCGGAAAUUAAACUCACCCUCAACAUGAUUUUUUCCUUCUUUAGGACAAAGGUCGUUCUUUCUAGUAUCAUUGCCAAAAUAGAUUUUAAAGCUGAAACUGCUGAUAAUCAAAUUAUACAUUUUGUCUUCUUUCAAACAUAGUCUAUUGUUUCUAGUUCCAUUGUUAAAAUAGUUUAUAGCAAACAUUAUUAAAAAAGCUAAAAACAACAGAUGCAUUUCCAGUUCCAUAACUGCUGAAUUGCAAUUCAUCCUGAUAACCAUUCGGCCUAAUGACCUUUCAUCAUUUAAAUCAGGAAUUUGUACAUACUAGUGGUUGUUUUCACACAUGUUGAUUAUUUUAUUCUUCCAGGAUGACUUUGCUUUGACUAUUAAACAACAUUUGUUCGAGUAAAUUCUCAAACUUUCUGGCCAAUUUUGGUGGUUCGAAUAUUAAUCGUAUGCAACGAGCAGUGAGCAUGAGCAUGAGCGGUGAAUGGCGACCUCACGGUAUUUUUAUAUAAAAUUGUGAAGAAAUUCCUGCAGAUGGUGCAUCUAAGCCGAAAGAGAGAUGAGAUUGUGAAAAUAUGAGUGAUCAUGCUGUCGGAUCGGAUUCAGUUUGGUUUUCUAUUCCGCAGAAUCGUUACCUGUUCUGUGGCUUAGUUGGUUAAAGCGUUGGUCUAGCGAAUACGGAGUCGUGGGUUCAAAUCCCACCAGAACGACUGGAAAUAUGGUAUUUGGCAAAACAUACAAUUUAGGACGAAACUUUAGACCAAUUUUCCCCAUGAAAAAGGCUAUAUUCGAAAGUAAAAACGUCGGAUAGAAUAUAAUUAAUCGAUUGAUUUUCAAAACUUCUUGAUAGAAUUCUAUGGGAUUUUUUUCUAUAAUAAAUUUAAGGGAAAUUCUAGUAGAUGUUCUUCAGAAAUUUUUGAAUGAUCCUUUUUAAACUUUGACAGUCUUUCCAAACUGGUGUCAAAGGAAUACGAUUUAUAAAAAAUAAUUAAAACGAUACUGAUUAAGAAAUUUUAGAAUUUUGAUUAAAAAAACCUUAAAAAAAUCAGGAUAAUCUAAGGUCAAUUCAUAGGAAAAAGUUUUGCGAAACUACCUACAGUAUUUUGAAGAUGUUUUCGUGCAUAAAAAAAAAACAAAUAUUUUUACAAAUUUUGCCAUGAAGAUUCUGAGUUCCUGAGAGAAGCUUCCAAGAGCUUCUCGCUGUUUAGAUAUUACUGGCAAAAUCACUUUAAUAGCUUCUUUUUUCGUUUUUUUUAAUUCCGUUAGAGAGCUUCAUUCAAAGUUUCAUUUUAAAUACGCCCUCUCGCAAGCAGAGAUUCUUUGUUCAAAUCAAGCAUAGUAUUAGUUACUAUUGCAAGCCUUCUGCAGGAUGUCUAUGACCAGAAAAAAAAAACUGUAACAUUCAGUAUAGUUGAAGAAUCGAAAUAUUGUUUACAAAGAUUGUUAAUCAAACUUACGUGGACUUAUUUCUAUUCUUCUUAACAUUAAUAAAUGUUAAUCCAAUUCGCGUCCAACCAGGUAAAAAUCGUUCCAAUAAUGAACAAAAUGGAUCUAAUAUGAUAGUGCAGUUAAUGGAGACAAAUGAGGAGUUCGAAUUCUUCAAAUCUUUUCCAUUUAUAUUGCAGACCAGACUCGAUUUUCCGCAUUCUGAAGCCUCCAAACAUAUAUCUAGUGGACGCAAUACUGAAAAUGCUAAAAUUUUGACAUUAUGUCAAACUGACUUUGAAAAGUAAUCAGCCAAAGUUUUAGCUUUGUGCAGCGUUCCGGUUGCUAGAUAUGUGUUUGAGAAGCUUAAAAAGCCGACUUCGAAUUAUCGAAUCCGAUGUGAGAUAAAAUGAGUUUGAACUGGAAAAGAAUUAAUCUUGUACCGACUUUUCGAGCCCUCUAAGCUGAAUACCCUCUUCGAAUGAGUGUAAUCAGUUUUGUACAUAAAAAGGUACAAAACUGAUUACACUCAUUCGCGUAAGGGAGCUAUUAGGUGAAUUGCGUUCCGUAACUUCUGGUUAAUCUCAAAAGUCUUCUGUGAGAAUCUCUAAAAGGAUUUUAAGGCGGAGUUUCUAGCGACAUUAAAAAAAGAAGAAUUUUCGAAGAAUCUUCGAUUCGAAGUAUUAAAAUCUAUGUCUAUUUAAGGAAAUUCCGGAAAAAAAUGUUGAAGCUUUAGGUAUUUUAGUAAUAAAAAUUCAAUCAUUUCCAAAAAAUUUCCGAUCAAGCUAAAAUAGGGGAAAUUGCGUAUUUUCUUCGUCAUGGGGGGUUUCUUGAAAGCAGCUGAACUCAGAGUUGGCCUCAAACUUUUCCCAACCAAGCUGAGUUAUACGACAAAGUUUCAGGAAGUUUGGCUGACAAAAAUCUCAAACCUGCCAUAAUACCCGUCGUCAACCUAUUGAUUGAUUGAUUGAUUUGUCUUUAUUAACCAGACUUACAGCCCUUGGCUGAUUCGUCUCUACCUCAUCGUCAACCUGGAUUUUUCUCAAGAAAUUUGAAACGGUCUGAAACGUUUUAAUUAGGAAAAAAUCAUUCAAUUCUGAAAUAUAGUCAUUCCAUGAAAAAAAAGAAAAUACUCGAAAAUAAAUGUUACUUUAAAAUAGGGUGGUACAAAAAAAUGACAUUUCCCAUUUUUUUAAAUUUUCAAAUCGUCUUAACUUUUGAACCAAUAGACCGAUUUGCAAUCUAUUUCCACGAAUAAAAAGAUUAUAAGUUUUAAAAAGAAAAAGUAAAAAUUGUAGACUUGAAUAUGCAGAAACGGUCGAAAUAUCAGUUUUUUUUGGAACAUUUUUUUUAAAUGUUGUACCACAACGGCUAUUUUUUUUUUUAUCGAAAGUUUGACUGUUUUUACAAAACGUAUAACAAAAUCUGAAAUGUUUUUGAUAUGCAUUUUUUUUUUAAUUUCAAGUUUUGUGCUCAUAUACAUAUGAGGGGCCCAGAUGCAAAGGAGGUGUAAGUACCCAUCUUGUCGAUUUUGAGCUGAACACACCAAAAAAAUAAGAUUUCAAACUUUCAGGAAAUGUUUUAAGAUUAUUUUUACGAUGAUUGAAAAAAAAAUACAAUAAAUCGGAGAAAAUUGAGUAAAUUUUGAAACUCCACAUUUUGUAUGUGUAAAUGGUGGGAAACUUCAAACACUCGAAAAUGUGUUUUUGUCACUUACACCCCUUUGCCUGAACCAGUUAUAUGGAAUGACUGUGCCUCUCCACUUUAUAAUAUCCGUUUUUUAUAUACCCACGGGGCGAACUUCAGUAAGAAAAAAAAAUCUGUGAAUUCACCUGCUCCAGAGUGACAAUCCUUCAUGAAUUCCUUCUGAUUUCCCUACGGAAGUGUCUUUUCAGAUUCCUCCCAGAGUUCCUUCUGAGAUUCACUCAGGAUCCUUCUGGAAUUCAUCCAGGAGUGGCUUUAGAGAUUGAUCCAAGGGAUUGAUCUAAGAUUUCUCCAGAGCUUUCUUCGAGGGACCCCCAGAAGUUUCUAAUGAAAUUACUCCAACGGUUUCUCCUGGUUUUCCUCCAGGAAUUAAAUCUGGGAUUCGUCAAGAAGUUGCUUCUUGAAUUCGUCAAUAAGUUCCUUCAAGGAUUUUCUUUUUUGAGAAUUCCUUCAACAGUUCAUUGUGGAACUGCUUCAAGAGUUACUUCUGCGAUUUUUCAAGGAGUUUUUUGGAGUUUUUCGUGGAUUCCUCCAGGUGAUUUCCUCAGAAGUUCCUUUACGGAUAACUCUUGAAGAUCCUUCUGGGAUUCUUCCAAGAUUUUACAAGAUUUACCAGGGUAUGCAUCUGGGAUUUGUCCAAAAGUUCCUUCUGGGAAUUUCAACCUUUUACGAAUUCUUUAAGAGCCUUCUACGAUUUUCAAGGAGUUUUUUUUUCGGAGAUUCUGGAGAAAUUCCGGAGUGACUAUGGAAAACUCCAACGCGAUUUUAUAUUUUAUUUUAUUUUUCAUAUUUUUUAUUUUUUCCAGGAGUCUGAACACCUUAGAAGUUUCCUCUGUGAUUCUUCCACGAGAUUUUUUUUUUAAAUCCCUAUCUGGCUCUAUCUGGCACGCAGCCAGAAAAACAAGGAAUCCUUUAGAAAUUAUUUUCGUGAUUUCUCUAGGAAUUCCAUCUGAAAUUUAUAUAAAGGUUUUAUUUAUAGAAUAGGAGUACUUUUUCUGGGAUUCCAAGAAAAAAUUUCUGGAGAAAUAUAGUCCCAAAAGGAGUUUUUGAAGGAAACUCAGAACGAACAUCUGGGGGAACUUAUACAAAACUGUUGGAGAAAUUCCAUAAAAAAUGUUUGGGAAUGGAGGAGGAACACUGGAAGACGAUCACCAAGUAAUUUCGGAAGGAGUUCCUAAAACAAUUCCGGAAUAAGUUCUGGAAGAAAUCCCCCAAGAAGUUUUUCCUGGAUGAAACCAAGAAAGAAUUCCUGGAAUUUCUGAAGGAAUGCCUGGAACCAACUUCUUAAGUAAUCAAAAAAAAUACUUCUGAAGGAACUCUGUAAAACAUUAAGGGUGAAAUUUCUUAAGGGAUCCCACAAGAAACUUCUGGUGAGAAAAUAUUGAUGGAAUCCCAGAAGAGAGUAUGGGUUAACAUCAUGAAACAUUUCUAGAAGGAGUUCCUGGAGGAAUCCCAACAAAAAGUUAAUGAAAAACCGCUAUGAGAUUUUUGGCGUAAUCCAGAAAUCAUCUCCUGGAUCAAUUCAAGAAAGAACUCUUGAAGACAUCUCAUAAGAAAUUUCAUGAGAAAACUCAGAAGAAACUCCCUGAGGAAUCUCAGAAAAAAAAAUCCCAGAGCAAUUCAGGAAGGAAUUCCUAGAAGAAUCCCGAAACUCCUGAAGAAAUCUCGGAGCUUUCAAAAGGAGCAUUCUCAGAAGAAACUCCUUGAAAAAUCCCAGAAGACUCUUGAAGAAAUCCUAAAAGGAAGGCGUGAAUUCCGGAAAGAAUUUUUGGAGGAAUCAUUCCGGAAGGAAAAUCUUGGACAAAUCCCAGAAGGAACUCCAGGAGGUAUCCGUAGAGGAGCUCCUGAGGGAAUUCUCGAAAGAGCUUCUGGAGGAAUCCAAGAAAGACUCCAAGAAACUUCUUGAGGAUUCAAGAAUUCAAUAAAUUCUUAGAGAAACACCAAAAGAAACAUUUGGAGCAAUUACAGUAGAAACUCUUGGAGGUCCCCUGAAGAAACCUCUGGAAAUCUUGGAAAUAACUCUUAGAUCAAUCUCUAAAGUUACUACUGGAUGAAUUCCAGAAGGAUCUCCUGAAUGAAUCUCAGAUAGCUCCCUGAGAUAACCGUGGAGGUGCAGAGGAUGCUUAUUUGUUUUUCUCUGCUUUUUGGUUUUACAGCUGACUCGCAGGGCAUAACACCAACCCAUCAACUUUCCGUAGGAGCAGGAUGCACAGCUGAGCUUAGAGUGCUGCGCUGGUACUUGGACGAUGACCAGCCACUCUUGACAUGCAGAUGAAUCCUUGAUAUAUUAUAGCAACAGUUGUCAAACAAGCAUUUCUUCCCUUUCACGCUGACCACAGUUUGACGACGACAGAAAUUUGACUUGGUCACAGGUCAAGGCGAAAGUGGGCAAUCGCCCAGAAUGGUGCAAUCUUUCAAUUCGACCCUCUGCACCACCAUGGGUGCUCAGGACUGAAAGUUGUAAGUAUAUAGCUGACCACAAUGACGCUGCUGGCACCGUUAUAAACUUUAUAGAAAUUCAAAUCUCGAAUUGUGCGUAUUGAAAAUUGUUGGGUUGGCUAGGUUUGAGCUCCGCAUGUAGCAUGAUCCUGCUUUAUCAGUCAGUUAUUCAAAGUUUAAACAAAAAAUGUGGAUAGUUAACCCAUAGUUCGCCCCAAAUCGUAUUCGGAGUUGGCAGCACCCUCUCAGAUUACAAUGAAACUUUCUGGGUAUGUACACCAAGACUAGAUAAGCCACUUUGCAUACUUAGUUUCUUCAAAAUUUAUCUGGACUGACUUUUGAAAAGGGCUAAACUUUUUUUUAUGGAUUUUUUAAAAAUGUUUUUAAUCAAAAAAUGACUACUCCUACAAAAAAGUGUUGUAUGGGUGAUUAUCACAAAAUAAGUCAAAUUUUAAGAAAAUAAUACUGAAAAAAAUCCAAAAUGAGCCCUACACUGAAAAAAAUCAUUUCUAAAAAUUCAAAGUUGAUUUAAAAAAAACACCAUUUUUGAUUUUGAUGAAAUUUUGUCUCAAGACAGGUAAUUAUGUUCCCUACCAACCGUCCAUACAUCACAAGAUGGGCACUUUUAAGGAAAAAAAGUUUUUCUAACAAAAACUUUUUCAUGUCCAAAUUACACUAGUUUACAGCAUUUUUGAACUCGGUAAGCUGAUGAUCAUUUUUGGUGUAGAAUCAUGCCCUGAGUUCGAAAACGCGAAGGAAAAAAAAUACAGUAGAGCGGAAUUUUUUUCGACUUUCCAUACAAGGUUGAUGAUUUGAAAUCGAUUUUUGUUCUAUUUUUAAGCAACGUCACUCACUUCACACAUCUCAUUCUCCGUAAUCAAUGCUCCGAUUGAGCUGAAUUUUUUACUGUAACUCGCCUACAUAUGAUUUGUCAAAUAAACGUUGAGAAAGAUUUUUUAUAUUGUUUUUUUCUUAUUGAAAAAAAAAUACAUUUCUUCAUAUAUUUUUGGAAAUUUGGCUAAAAUUUAAGGAGAUCGUCCCUAAAACUCGCCAAUAUCUUGAAUUUCAUCAAUCUGACGCGAAACCUGCAUUCAGAUGAUCGAAUGGUAUUGUAAUCAGCUUUUAAUUUAUGGAAAAAGAUUUGUAGUUGGUUGAACAAAACGCAAGAUAUUUGAAUUUUAGUAAAUUUCAUAUUUUUAAAAGAUGUAAAACUUGAUAUUGAGCUAAAACUCAAAAACCACUCUACUUAAAAUUUUUUGAAGCGCGGUUUCGAAAUCAGUGCUAAAUUGUACUUCAAAAACUUUGGUCGUUGACAGAAGUUCACGACUUUCGUUUUAUUUUGUAAACUAGUGUUAUUAUUUUUUCAGUGUCUUUUUUUAAAAACAAACUAAACCAGUGAAGGUUAUCUAGUAAUCUCAAAAUGCAAUGAAACUUAUUGUGUCAUAUGCGACAAUGCAAUGCACCCAUAUUCACGCAGCAGCACUCUAGAAGUACGAAACAAUAUACAAUUAGAACACGCAUUUCAUACGUGCUGCUGUAAUUUCUACCCAAACGUUUCUACCCCAUGUUCUUACCUAAUAUUAGGUAAGGCUAUUUAUUAGAUUCGAACUACCUAAUUGAAAAAAAAAAACAAAUCAAGAGUUGUACCUAAAACAAAUAUGAACAAAACAAGAAAAUGAAUCGGUAUCAUUCAACGUGUUACUUCUCUUUGGUUAUUAAAGGCAGUUCUGAAAAGUAAUGGAUCAAUCGUAUAAAUCAAAAUUCAACAAAUUCAAGUGCAGUGCAAAAAUAAACAAUCCAAAGUGCAACCGUCAUAAUCUACGGGGCAUGUCAUUAAGAUUGAUAGAUAAAAUUCAUUCCAUGGGAUAUACACAUGAAAUCGACGAAUCGAUGAGUAUUUGUGAGUCAUGUCGUGGAUUGAUAAGUCACAACAGAAGCCCGAAUACGAAAAAACGCCGAUCGGAUGGAAACGACGAAACUAUGCAACCAUCAUUUAGUGGGCAGCAACAUCAUGAUGUUCCAGAACCAGAACCGUCAACGAGUGGUCAACAAAUCGAACAUGAGCUGGGUAAGUAAGCCUUCAACGUGUUAGCUUCUUUUAUAUAACUCAUUUUGCAGCUCGUUGCAAAACUACAUUUUUCAGUAUUCUUCGUAUUUAUCCAACCCGGCAAGCCUCGUUGGUUAAAUGUACUACUUGUGCGAAAAAAAAUCAUUUUUGCAACUCGUUGCAUAAAUAACUAUCAUUAACUUUCCACUGCAUUCAUUAUUAUAUUGUUAACCUUAACUUUUAUCUUACAGAUAUGGUACCAUCUAUUCCAUCAUUGGAGUCAAUUCCGUCAACAGAUCAACUACAGGGUCCCCAUAAUAUUGAGAAGUUUAAUACCAUUGCUGAAACAUUGAGUUUAUCGCCAAUCUCAUCUAGAAACAUGGAGUAUGGAAUAUCGCACAAACAAAUCAUUGCAGAUUACGAAAGCAGUUCGAAAAAAUAUCUUCGGAAUAGAUUCAACGGAUGUUGGCAAAGUGGAGGCGUAUGACGAGAUAAUUAUGCAGUUAAAGGAUAAGUUCAAUCACCCUACAACUGACAGAAGCGAACAGAUUAAAAUACUAUCUGUACUUCCUAAGUCUUGGUCGGUAAAUAAAAUCACAAGAGAGUUUAACGCACCAAUGUAUAUGGCGAGGCAGGUGAAGGAUCUUGUUUAUGAACAGGGUAUUCUUUGUACCACCGAUAAAAGAAGGGGGCAUGGUAUUGAUGACGAUACAAAACAAAUAGUAAGAGAAUUUUUUGAUGAUAAUGAUAUCAGCAGGCCAAUGCCAGGAACAAAUGAUAUUGUUUCUGAGGUUCGAAUUGGAAAAAAACAACAAGUUCAAAAACGACUUUUGAUGAUGUCGCUCAAAGAGGCUUAUAUGAUUUUUGUAGAUGUGUGUGUGUGUGUAUACAAUCCAUCGCCCACUGACCGGCAGUACUUUUAUGGAAGAAAAAUGUCUGCGUGUUGAUAUAUGCUGAUAUAUAUAGACGCAAAUAUUUUUAGUCCUGGAGAUGGAAGGUGAUAGCUCUACUGCACAUCUAACGACCCAUUUCGAGGUAUGCCUUGACUCGCACGUGCAUCCUGAGGUCGUCUUCUGUAACAGUAAGCCCCGCAUUAAUGGAUCCAGGUAUCAAAUGGAUAUCUGCAAUUCAUUAACACUUCCUGAAUCAAAAAUUUGCCGUUUUGUUUCUGGCACGUAUUUAGUGUAGUAAAUUUCAUAUAUAUGAAUAAAGUGGUGCAAGGAAAGGUCUCACCGAAUUUCGCAUAGUCUGUCAGUACUCUCAAUUUUUCAGCAACGAUGGAUCCAGCAAUUCAAAGGCUUAAUCAGCGGCAUCGAGACUCAUACGCACAUCCGGAAUAUACAAACGGUAUUGAUUUCACUACACAAGAAACGACGUGGAGAGAACAAUCGAGCUGGCUUUACAGUAAUACGCACAUAAAAAUUACUUUUUCACACGCGGAACAGAUCGGGUGGCGUAGACACGGCCAUAGUAGCGGAAUUGUCGAAUCAAAUUCACCGCAUGGCAUAGCACCACAUAAUUCGACCAAAACUCCAAUGCACCCCAAUGCACAAAACUGGUUUAACUGAACUUCACUAACUCAAAAGCAGUGGCACAUUUUUCACUAAAAUAACUUCACAAAAUGUUUUUCAAAAUGUUUUCAGCAAUGCAAAACCUUACCGGCCAUUUGAACUUUUCUUCGGCCGAAUUGAAUUCAAUUUCACGAAGAAGCGAAAAAACGUGACACAAAGCAAUGAUGCAGCGACCCACCGCUUAUAUGAUUUUUGUAGAUAUGUACAAAACUGUGAAUAUUGGUUUCACAGUAUUUACACAGUUGCGACCAAAGCAUUGUAUUUUACUUGAUUCUACUGGUAUACAUAAUGUAUGCAUAUGUACUAUUCAUGAAAAUGUAAAUUUAAUGUUCAACAGUAUAAGAAUUGUGUCACAAGAUGAAAUAAUACAAAAAAUGCUUUGCGAUAUUUCCACCAGAACAGAUAAUUGCUUUUUCCGUGCUUGUGAAAAGUGUGCUUGUAAUGAACACAUUGAAGAGGAACUUACAUUGAUAUUAGAAUCAAAUGACAAAGAAGAGAUUAUAUUUCAGCAGUGGUUGAAUACUGAUCGCUGUAAUUUAGAAACGAUUAUUAAACCUGUUGAUGAAUUUGUUCCGUAUCUUGUUGAUAAAAUUGACAAACUUAUAACACACGACUUUAUUCAUAAACAACAAUCAUCAUUUCUCAGAAAUAAAAAAGAUACAUUAAAGGAUGAUGAAAUUCUUGCGAUUUGUGAUUUCUCUGAAAACUAUUCAUUCAUAAUUCAAAACGCUGCUCAAGGAUAUCAUUGGAACAACUCGCAAGCAACAAUACACCCAUUUGAAAUUUACUAUAUGAAAGAUAAUAAACUUGUAAAUGUUAGCUUCAUUAUCAUAUCGGAAGUAAUGGCUCACGAUACAGUUGCGGUCCAGUUGUUCAUCUCAAAAAUGAUAGAUUUUAUGAAACAAUUAACGAACUUUUCUAAAAUUUAUUUUAUGUCUGAUGGGGCAGCAUCACAAUACAAAAAUAAGAAGAACUUUGCUAGUCUAUGUAGAUUCCAGUCAAAGCAUGCAUUAAGAGCAGAAUGGCAUUUUUUGCAACGUCCCACGGAAAAGGUCCAUGUGAUGCUAUUGGUGGCACUCUUAAGCGAAUGGCAAAGAGAGCAAGUCUUGCUCGAGAUUAUGGAAAUACCAUAACAACUCCACGAGAGUUAUAUAACUGGGCAGUUGUACAGACAGAUAAAAAUAUAACUAAAUUAAAUUUCUGUUACGUAUCCACUGAACAGUACAUUAAAAUGUCAGAAGAUCUCGAAGAAAUAUAUAAUAACGCCAAAACAAUACCAGGCACUCAGAAAUUCCAUAGUUUUUUGCCUAUUCCUGGCGACAAAGUAAAGGCAAACAGGUAUUCUAAUUCAGAAGAUGAACCAAAAAUAUUUAGUAUGAUCGGAAAAAAAUAGAAAAGAACAUGUUUGAAAUUGGCUCUAAGACACAUAUAUAUAUAUUUGAAAAAUUCAUAAUUAUAAAUAAUUGUAUAUUUAAAAGUGCACUUCAAUACAUAUUGCGAUCAAACAUUACAUUUCCUAAGAAAAUACAUUUGUAAUAUUUUGAAGUUUUUUAUGUAUAGGAAAACCCUUCCAAAUGAUUGAAUAAAUAACACAAAAUCUCAUAGAAAAUUGAGUUUCAUUGGUUUCUGGGAUUGUUAUGGCCUUCACUGGUUUUAUUGUUGAUAACAAAAUACACUGAAAAAAAAAUCAUUCGAACAAGAAAAAGUUUUUGUUAGAAAAACUUUUUUUCCUUAAAAGUGCCCAUCUUGUGAUGUAUGGACGGUUGGUAGGGAACAUAAUUACCUGUCUUGAGACAAAAUUUCAUCAAAAUAAAAAAUGGUGUUUUUUUUUAAAUCAACUUUGAAUUUUUAGAAAUGAUUUUUUUCAGUGUAGGGCUCAUUUUGGAUUUUUUUCAGUAUUUUUUUCUUAAAAUUUGACUUAUUUUGUAAUAAUCACCCAUACAAAACUUUUUUGUAGGAGUAGUCAUUUUUUGAUUAAAAACAUUUUUAAAAAAUCCAUAAAAAAAGUUUAGCCCUUUUCAAAAGUCAGUCGAGAAAAAAAAUUAGAAAAAUGAGUAUGCAAAGUGGCUUAUCUGGGCAAGGUCUACACACCAAGAAAGUUUCGUUGUAAUCUGAGAGGGUGCUGCCAACAUUUGUUCGAGUUGGCGCGAAAUCCGUCAGUUGCCGAUGAAAAAUCAGAUACAAAUAGUUGACAUUCUGUCCGAGAUAGACUUCCGUCAUUCGCUUUUCCUGACGAACUUGUCUCAAGCUAGCAGCAAAUAAAUCAAACAUAUGAGACGCCUGUUUUGAAACGGCAGCGGCAGCGGUGUACGCCUUAGAUAACUGAAUGAUCAUGUUCAGUUUUUGCUGAGUCAAUCUUCUCAAAGUCUACCCUAUAUCAAACGUCGGAUUUUAAUCUAAAUUCUAAUUUCUAUGCAAACAAACUCCACCCUCCGAAGGUCGGUAGGUUUCGGUACGAACGGGCACACACUCGAUUGACGAACGUGAGAAUUAUCCGCCUGUUGGUGAUACUAACGCAGACAAUGUCUAUAUAGGUAUAGGAUGGAUAACGCGAGGAGAGGCCAGGAAUCAAGUCCACUUUGAUCAACCUGUUCUUUAUAAAUCCAGUAUCGAACCGAACUGCACAAAUGUACCGCACAUUAUUCUAUCAGAACGCCCGUGAACCAGUAUCGAGGUCGGUUUCCAUUCCAGUGUAUAAUGUGCAACGUUAAAUCAUUCAGUACGCGGCGAGGCGGCGUAAUUGAGAAUCAAACAACCUGCGUUGAGUCGGUCAAUCGGUCGGUCAACAAAGUUCUAGAUCCGAGCGGAUAGCAGCGUAGACCCGGAGCGGAGACAUUCGGCCGAGGUGCAGCAACAACAAC